AACCCUUUCCUCGCCUCCAUCACAGGUUUCUCUUGUGCUGUUCUCUCUCAAUCAGUGAUAAGCUAUCAGCAACCAUGUAUCUUCAGUUUUACAUAAACGAGAAUGGUGACAAAGUCUACACCACUAAGAAAGAGUCACCGCUUGGGUUAGCUACACAAUCUGCUCAUCCUGCCCGGUUUUCACCUGAUGACAAAUAUUCAAGGCAGAGAGUUCUUUUGAAGAAGCGUUUUGGAUUAUUACCAACCCAGCAGCCGCCUCCAAAGUAUUGAGCGAUGUAGAAGCUCUAACUUUCAAGUGCUUUUCAUUCCCUGCUUAUCUGUGUUUUCUGAUCUAGUACUGGUGUCAAGUAGCUGAGCCGUAUAUGUAUUUUUGUUCUGAACCAAAUAUGCCAAAAUCUAGCUCACAUAUUAGAAUGAAG